AUGAGGCCCAUACCUCUUUCCUCCUCAAAACUUCUUCAAGAUGGAACCAACUCCACUGAUCUAGAACUUUUGACUUUGAAAAAUCACCAGCACUAUGACUUUUGCAAAAUCGUUGGCCUCUUCCUUGUAGUGGCCCUCUCAAAUCUCAAAUCAGAUCUACCACAACUAGUAGAAGCAUUUUCAUUUACACAAAUGGAAAG